AUUGAGCUGUGUCAUCAGUUCCCUCACGGUAUCACUGACCAGGUCAUUCAAAAUGAUAUGCCUCACAUGGAAGCCCAGCAGCGAGCCAUGGCGAUCAACAGGCUGCUCUCGAUGGGGCAACUGGACCUUCUUAGGAGCAAUGCAGGUCUCCUGUAUAGAAUCAAAGAGUCUCAAAAUGCAAGUAAAAUGAAAGGCUCUGACAACCAAGAGAAGCUGGUUUACCAAAUUAUAGAAGAUGCAGGCAACAAAGGUAUUUGGAGCAGGGACAUUAGAUACAAAAGUAAUUUGCCUUUAACAGAGAUCAACAAGAUACUAAAAAACUUGGAAAGCAAGAAACUAAUUAAAGCAGUUAAAUCUGUGGCAGCAUCCAAGAAGAAGGUGUAUAUGCUGUAUAACCUGCAGCCUGACCGGUCAGUGACUGGUGGAGCUUGGUACAGUGACCAAGACUUUGAGUCUGAAUUUGUGGAGGUGUUAAAUCAACAGUGUUUUAAAUUUCUACAGGGCAAGGCAGAGGCAGCUCGAGAGAGCAAACAAAACCCCAUGAUACAGAGGAACAGCUCAUUUGCCUCAUCCCAUGAGGUGUGGAAAUACAUCUGUGAACUCGGUAUCAGUAAGGUAGAGUUGUCAAUGGAAGAUAUUGAAACCAUUUUAAAUACACUAAUAUAUGAUGGAAAAGUGGAGAUGACUAUUAUUGCUGCAAAGGAAGGGACGGUAGGCAGUGUGGAUGGACAGAUGAAGCUGUACAGAGCUGUUAGUCCUCUCAUACAACCCACUGGAUUAGUCAGGACACCCUGUGGACUCUGCCCUGUUUUCGAUGAUUGCCAUGAAGGUGGUGAGAUUUCUCCAUCAAACUGUAUUUAUAUGACAGAGUGGCUGGAAUUUUAAAGUGAAAGGAGACUGUAAACUGGAUUUAUGCCUCACAGACAAGGUGACUUGGCUUGCUUUUUUAGAAGUGAACUCUUAAAUUUGUGAGCAACUUCAGGAUAUGGAGUGACUUUGUUUUUAAUGAAACAUAAAACAGAGGCAUAUCAGUUACGUGAGCAGUCCCAUGAGUGGACUGGAAAUCAAGUCAGCGGUGAAGCGGAA